AUGGAUCCACCAAAGGGCAAGCGCAUCGGCAAGAAGGGAGGCAUUCUCAUGGUAAGCCCGCCCGGUAGGCAGCCCGCGAAGAAGAAGCGACGGUCGGCGGCGUCGUUCAGCGGCGGCGGCCAAAGUCUCGGCAACGGGAGCGCCGCGUCGUCGAGCGGCGGCGGCCGUGCGUCCAGUGCGCCCGCCGCGCCCGCAGGAGAGUCCGCCGCGCCCGCGGCGUCGCCGCGCGGCGCCGACGACGCGGCCGCGCGGGCCGAGCGCCUCGCCGCGUUCGAGCGCCGCGCCGCGGCGGGCGCGCAGCGCGAGCGAUUGAACGAGUUCGAGUGCGCGAUCUGCCUCGAGGCGUUCAAGGGCUCGGCCUGCCCGGACGGCCGGGACCGGGUCGCGUGCCUGCCCUGCGGCCACGCGAUGUUCUGCGCGCCGUGCGCCGCGAAGUUUCGGCGGUGCCCGCAGGGUUGUGACGGGUUCCGCGGGAUCCUGAAGCUAUUCCUCUAA